UCGUGAAGAACGGCGUUAUAACGACCAAGAUCUACAAAUCAAGCCCUCUAAAAUAACCUAAAUGAGCUCUUACUUUGUAAACUCGUUCUCAGGGCGCUACCCAAAUGGCCCCGACUAUCAGUUACUAAAUUAUGGAACUAACAGCAGCGCUAUGAACGGCUCGUACAGGGACUCCGGCACCAUGCACUCGGGCUCUUAUGGCUACAACUACAAUGGGAUGGACCUCAGCGUCAAUCGUUCAACAACAAGCAGCCACUUUGGGGCUGUUGCGGAUGGCUCCCGGGGUUUCCAGUCUCCGGCCCCGGAGAAUCGGUUCAGACAACCUUCUAGUUGCUCGCUCUCAUCUCCAGAGUCCCUGCCUUGCGCCAACAGCGAGAAGCUGGGACCCAAAAGCUCUUCUCCCCCUUCUGACCCGAUCACUGCCAGCAAUAACCACGCCAACAACAGCAGCACACAUUUCACAGAAUUAGACGAGACCAGCGCUUCUUCUGAGACGGAGGAAGGCACCCAUAGAAGCAACAACACCCUUCCGCGAACACAGCAACAGCAAGAAUCUACCGCAAGCUCCACAACAGCAUCGACCGAUGGGCAAGCGCCACAAAUAUUCCCCUGGAUGCGGAAGCUACACAUUAACCAUGAUAUGACUGGACCAGACGGGAAAAGGGCCCGAACUGCGUACACCCGCUACCAGACGCUAGAGCUGGAAAAAGAAUUCCAUUUCAAUAGAUAUCUAACCCGAAGGAGGAGAAUAGAGAUAGCCCAUGCGCUUUGUCUCUCGGAACGGCAAAUUAAGAUCUGGUUCCAGAAUCGGAGGAUGAAAUGGAAGAAGGACAAUAAGCUGAAAAGUAUGAGUCUUGCAACUGCAGGUAGCGCUUUCCAGCCCUGAUUUUCACCCAAGUAAGGAUGUGGGGAGAAAUAAAAAUGAGUAAAAACAAAACACAAUUUCUGAGUACUGUACAGCGCGGCACCUUUCUGCAUGUUGGUGGUGUUUUAGACAAUUUAAAAUCCUUAUGUGGUACUGCUAACAAACAACUUGUGUUCAUUUGUUGUUGUUUUCAUUGUAUGAUAACUAUUAUUUGAAAAAACAUAAAUGCUCUCAGAUGCCCGUCGUUAUUGUUAUAUCGUUUGUGUAAAGUGCUGUGCUGACGCUUUCUUGAAAUUUAGCAUGUUUCACGUGAGCUCUUAAAUGUUAUAACUUAUUUACAAUCUAUAACAACUGUAUAGUUUUAAGUUUACAAUCUAGAGACUGUCAUAUAAUGAAAUAAAUCAAGCUUGACGAAUGGCUGAUGCACUGCUCUUGCAGGAGCCUCAGUGUGUGAAACAUUUUGUUUUUUAUGCUGUAUUACUCUAAAGCCCUUUCAUUUUAUUUUGUCAUGUGUUCAGAUCGUUCAUUUAUUUUUUGAAAAAAGUGAAAAGAAAUUUAAAGAAAAGCAAGAUUAGCUUCCUUGUAUCCGUCCAUGCGUGUGUAUAAUUCUAUUCAAAAUGACAAAUGUAUUUUAUUGGAUCAUUUUUAUGUUCCAGAAAGGAUGUAUAUAUUAGACAUUUUUUUAUGUGUCCGAUAGGCUAUUUGUAGUGGACAGAGUGAAUGAUAAACGUUCUGCGGAGGAAAAUGGCAACUUGUCACGUCGGACCGCCUGUAAGCAUUUUGCCAAUAAGCUUUUUGUAUUUGUUUGUAGCUUAUCUUGGAGUAAAAAUAAUAACAAGAAUAAUAAAAAUAAUGAAAAUAAUAAUAAAGUUGCUCUUAUUCACUCA